CCGACGGUGCAACAGCAACAUAGGCAGCAACAUCAUCAUUCCAGCCAUCGACAGCGUCAAGAGUCGAGCCCACCCUCGGUGGGCGCUUCCCCUUUCGCUUUGCCGUCGUCGAUGACGCAGACCCCCAGCAUGCAUCUGCUGGAGAACAACAACCUGGUGGAGGUUGCGAUGGUACAGCAGCAACAACAGUCUCAGCAGCAGAUGCAGAUGCAGCAACAGAAGCAGAAGCAGACCAGCCCGACCAACAACAACACCAUCGAGGCUUGGAGGCCUAUCCAAGGCGGGCACCAUUGGUGGAGCCCGCCUAGUAGCGUUCAUCAGGAGCAACAGCAGCAGCACCAGCAGCAGCAAGUGUCGCCGAUCGGGCAGCAAGUUACUCAAGCGCAAAGUUUAGUCGCCGGCUCGGUAUGCGGACAAGUACAGAGACAGUCGCAGAUUCAGUCGGAUAUCGACCAGCCUUUGGACUUUUCGGUCGGUUCCCUUCAGCAGCAGAGGCUACAUUCUCGCGUAAGGACUAUGCACGAGCGACUACAGAGUAGAAUGCACGACAAUAAUAACGGGACGGCUAGCAGCGGGCAGAAGAUCGCGAGAGGGACCGGGAGCAGGAGAAGUUACAGUCCCAGUGAGGGUAGCAGCAGCAGCAGCGAAGACGAAGGGGUCUCUACCGGCGGUAGCCCUUCCGGCCCCCUUCGAGGCACCGAGAACGACUCGUGCGAGCAGCCGGUUGCGGAUCGACCUUACGGUAAAGUUUGGAUAGGCGAUAACGAGGUCGCGUGGCGGACGGAACAGUCUUUCAAGAGGACCUCACCCUUAAAUCCUUGCACCACCGCCACUACCACGACGACGACAGGUGGCGGAGCACCGGCACACCCCCACCCGUCGCCACCCAUUGCCGCCCCUGUGACCACUCCCGAUCACAGAAGCCCCAGCAGUCUCCACGUGAAACUCGGCAUAUCUCCCGCCAGCGACGCGCUCGGCCGAAUCGAUAAGGAGCCAGCCUCGCCGGAAUCCAUACAAGAUGCAGACCUUCACGGCGAGGUGGACGGACCCGAACUCAGCGGCGACGACAGGAGUAUCACCAGUGAUAUCCAAGAUACGACCGAGGCGAACCUUGACCAUGAUUCCAUGGACUCGGAUAGGGAAGCUCUCAAUCUGGUCACAGCCGUGUCGUACCGCAACAGCAGCAGCGGUACCAGCGGCAGCGCCUCUUCGCCCAGUUCGGGGGUGAGCAGCCAGAUAACCGGAAGUCAUCAGCAGCAGCAACACACGGCAGGCCAGCAGAACAGCGGCAACUCGCAAGCUGCACUGGCUGCUCAACUAGUCAGCCAGCAGUUGCUGAUGCACGGUUCUCUGGGCGCGCUUGGGCCGCAGGACAUCCAGGCGUUGGCUUCCUCGUUUCAGCAGCAACAACAGUCGCUGCAGCAACAGUUGCAGCAACUGGCAAUGUUUCAACAAGCCAACUCUGCCGCCGCGGGUCAACUUCCGGCACAGGCGCAGUUCUUCUUGCAGAACCAGAUGCAGCAGGCAGUGGCGCAGGCAGCCCAGCAACUGCAGGCUCUGCAGAAGCAGCAGGCUCUUCAGGGCAGCGGAGGCCUAGUUGGUCGAAGUUUGGCGCAACAAAGGUCACCGCCGCCUCCUGGCACGCCUCCGGCGGUGAAACCACCGCCUCCAAGGUUGGAACCGUCGCCGGAAGAGACCACGGACCUCGAGGAACUGGAGCAGUUCGCCAAGACCUUCAAACAGAGGCGGAUCAAACUUGGUUUCACUCAGGGCGACGUUGGCCUCGCCAUGGGCAAACUGUACGGCAAUGAUUUCUCUCAGACGACCAUCUCCAGGUUCGAAGCGUUGAAUCUUUCCUUCAAAAACAUGUGCAAGCUGAAGCCACUGCUUCAAAAAUGGCUAGAGGACGCGGAUAAUUCCCUCAACAACCCCAACUCCCUCUCGAACCCGCUCACCACGCCGGAAGCGAUCGGCAGGCGGCGGAAGAAGAGGACGUCGAUAGAAACCAGCGUGCGAGUAGCUCUGGAAAAAGCGUUCGUGCAAAACCCGAAACCCACUUCGGAAGAAAUCACCAUAUUAGCGGACAGUUUAGCCAUGGAAAAGGAAGUCGUUCGGGUGUGGUUUUGCAAUAGACGACAAAAAGAGAAAAGGAUCAAUCCGCCAACAGCAGCGAUGGGCAGUCCUACGAUGGCGUCACCGGCACCUUCCGUCUUCGCGUCACUCGCGAGUUCCAUGUCCGGCAGUCCUCUAGCGCUCACCACGCACUCUUCCGGCAUGGCUCACUCUCAUCCGCACCCCACGCCCCUCGGUUCGCCGUUACCCUUGGCCCUGGUGGCGUCAGCAGGUGGAAACUAUCAUCCGCUGAGCGGCAAGUCUCACGAGUGACACCAGCAGCCGACCCAUCAGGGGGACACGCUUUUUCAUCAGCAUCAUCAACAGCCACCGCAUCAGCAGCAACAGCAACGACGUUUGUGCAAUCUACCCGAGUUCUAUCACUAAUCCGCCGGCUGGUUUAUCGCUGGCGAUGAUUCAGUGACGACUUGGCGGACGCCCGUCAACGAAUUUCGUUGCCAAAGGGAAUUUGGCGCGGUGGAACCGACGGGGUCGAGCAAUACACGGCCAUGGGAGCGGAGCAGAGGCUGAGAACAGCUGGCUGGCGGCACGAUACGAUUCGAAACAUAUCCUGGUGUCGAGAGAUUCCACUUGGAAGAGGCUAGUUCGGGAAUCGAAGCAAUCUCUUGGAUGGCAAUGAUCAAUCGCUUGGAGAGAAGAGGAACAUUUGGCGAACGAGGAAAUAUCAUUGGUUUCUUCUGUAUCAUUCGGAGCAAGGUAUAACUAUCUCGCGAAGAGCAUACGAACCGCGAACCGACGUUGAGGAGGCAGAUCGAACAUGAAACGCCGACGAGAGCUCUUCGAUGAUCGCUUAAAAGCUCAGCUAGGACAUUCAGUAUCGCCCAAAGACAGCGAACGGAGAUUCGCUGAACAUCGCGUUUCGUUCAACGUUUCGUAUUUUUCACAGUAUUAUGUUCAUCUGCGGUUUGGAGCGCCGAUUCGAAUGAUCGAAAUCGCACGGAACGGAGUCUUCGAAGCUCGUAAAGAUUAUCGCGCUUACUGUUUCGCAAAAACCACAGGAGCCUUUAAUUUUUUCCAACAACCAACCUGUCAUAUGUCAUUGCGAAAACGUCAAGAAGCCACGGCUUAGAUUUUCGGCUGAAUUUUCACCGAUCGAGGUUUGCGACAGAACGAAACGACUUUGAGGUCUUCAUUCCCGCAUAGCAAAUAGUGCAGGAUCGUUGCCACCGUUCAACAUUUAUUUACAAGAUGCAAUUAACCACACGAAUACACCCGACCGCGAACCGUCAUAAAACAGGCCCUUAAUCGGUUUCUGCAGCUUGUCAUUUGAAUUAUCAUGAAAUAUUUAUCAAGGGGGCAACCGUUCGACGAUACGUGUAAUUAUCGACUGGUUUUCCUCCGCGUCCUUCGAGUUUCCUUUUGCCCAUCCAGUAAUUCAACGUCGCUUCGAUCACGCACUACAUUUUGCGUACGCUGUUUCACGAUUUCGAGGAUUAGGCUGAACUUCUCGAAAUCGUGAAACCAGCAACCGAGAGCAAGAUGGCGUACGAAAUUCUCUCGAGUAUUCGUGUAACGAAUCACGGCUGAACGCGCGAUCGGAGACCACAACGAACAACGAGAGAACACGUUGAUGGAACGAUAAACCUUCCGGCCGUUUCGCUGAGUUCAUCGUGUCGCGAUCGAGACGGUUCCUUCGAAGAGGGCGAACGCUCUUCGCAGGUGCUCGCCUCUUCGUGGUAAGCAGGGUUUACGCGCCACCCUCGAGGGAAUGUUCGUUUCCUCCAGGUCGAGAGCUCGCCCGUCGUUGACAGAAAAUAGGAAAAACUUCGUAGAAAUUCGAGUAUUCACUGCCACCGAGAACGUGCUUAAACUUCGUGAACCGAAUGAAACCGAUUCCGAUUGCUAGCAAUGGAAAUCGAUCGGUAGUUUAGGCUUUAUGGAAACGACCAUUCGCUUAGUAUCAUCGAGUAUCAUCGUUGCAGAGAUCGGACGAGCUGUCGAUCUUCGAGUUUAAAACUCUCCCUUGUCGGUGGCGAACAUGCGGCGAGGUCCGACAAUACGUUUGUACAUAAUAACGCAUGCGUUUGCGUGUCUGUCGUCAUACAUAUCCGUGUCCUGAAUUUGUACAUAUAGGCAAAAGAGAACGUACGAGCGUAAUUAAUAAAGUUGUAAGGGAGAAUCGACGGGAAUACGAGAGGGGUGGCUCGUUCAUCCUCGCAAAUGAAGUCCUCGUCCGAGUGUUGGACGAUCGAUCUUCGAUAAAUCGUAAUUACUCAAGCCAAAGUAUCGUCACGUUUAAUCGUCGAAUGCGUGACACCUAAAUAAAGUAGAGGAAGGUAACGAAAGAUGGACUCCGAAGAGGGUGGACGAGAGGGCGUGCUCGUAUUCUCUGUCCCUUGGACAGACACGAGGAUUAGCAGUUGUAGAUACGUCUGUACGUGUACAUACGUUAUAUAUAGGCAGACUACUGGCGAAUUAUUCCACAUACGUAGCUCGUAUACGUUUACGCGAGUCGAUCGGUGUGCGCUCGUGGCCCGAGGGUUCGCGCUGCCGCCAUUUUCGCGAUCGAAGAGUCGCUCGCGAAGCAAAUGGCGUUCAUUCGGAGCGCGAACUCUCACCUUGGAGCCCAGAAAUCGAUACCUCGAGGUGGUGAUCUCCCGGUGAUUAAUUAAGGGCUAUGAUCUUGCGCGACAAAGGGAUGAAACAAAUGGUGAUUACAUCGGUAAUAGUCUUUGAAGGGAUUUACACGCGUAGAGUGUUUGUAAUCGUAAUCGCCGUACGUUAAGAAUCGUCGAUGUUAUGUUAUUUGUGUGUAUGCGUGUGUGUAUAAGCACAUACGUGGCGGGGAAAACGCAGACGUUGCGCGAAAGGCGAGCAUCGGGGAUAUACAUAUGCAUGUAUAAAUAUACAUACUAUACAUAAAUGUAUAAAGUAAACGUGUUGUAAAUAAUAGGGAGAAUCGAUAGGAAAUCGGCGAUCGACGAAUCCGCGGCGGAUUUAUCCACCGUGCAGAUCGUUUCUUAUUAUUGCGACGCUUAUUAUUAAGUAAUCCUUAAUUGUAGGAUAUCAUUGGGCAACGCUGUCGCAGAUCGUAAGUUCGAGAGAUGUGAACACGUCGAGUACGCCUCGCCUGUGUAACGUCGUUGAGCAAACAUGGCGACAUUCACGCCUUAUUUUUCCAUACGUCAAUUACUUCUCACCUACACUCACUGACAAAAGUUAAGGAACAACGUAAUCAUUUGGGAAUUUCGGUGUAUUCUCUAUCUUCUAAGAUAUAUAGAUUAAAACCAAAUAUAGCAUAAUAAAAUAACAUUCCAUGCAUGUAAAUAAACAAUGAGUUUUGUUCGAACAUACUUGUGCUGCGUGACAUAAGUUAGGAAACAUACAUUGUUUAAUUUAUAUAACACUUGGAUUUGAAGACUGUCGGUAUUUCUGACACGGUACCUGCCUUGCUAUGAAUGUUUUCCAGACCUAGUUAAUUUUUAAUUGCAAUUCGUUGAUUUGUAAUUAAACGAUCUAGCUUUUCAGUUGUUUAUCGUGGCCUGUCAGAUCGUGGUGCUGUUUUAACAGUUCCAUGUUCGUCGAAUCGUGCAACGAUUCACACUGUACACUUAUGUCAAUUAUUU